AUGAAGCUUGGAAGCCAGAGGCAUUGCAAGGAAGGCCGAGCCGAGGCCAUUAUGUCGGUGAUCCGGGCUACUGGGUGGUUUAUCGAAGCACCUCGAACUGGAACGCUCCGCGAGUUAGAAAAGGAUCUUGUUCUGGGUCUCUAUCCGAUCUUGUUUCUCAGAGAAACAGCUGAAAUGCUAGGGGCUCGCUUCUACACUUCAAUCGUCAUUCGAACCGAUAUCGACGAGGAUUUCUCUAGGAUUUUAGACAUUCGAGGAUCGCUUCUGCCAUUCAACACCCAUAGCCAGGACAAUGGUCAAACCUUCGAAGAGAUUUGCCUCCCGCGAUGGCAGUUUAGCGAAGGCGAUCACCCCUCGGUGAAGCUGUGGAGUAUUGAAGCGGACGGAUCUGUCAGCAUACCCGAGGCUGCGGUUCUGGUCCCGGCGUCGCACCAUGAGGUGAUGCCCUUGAUUGCUUCCGUGAUAUUUGCGUACCCUAUGGACAGUGGGCUUUACCAGAAGCUUGGACCUGCGGGACGGAAAGGGGAUCGCAAUCGAAGUAUCGAUCUGCGAGAAUGGGAGAAGAAUUGGUUGCCAUUCUCACGAAACUACGCGGUAGCUCUUAUCAACGUCAAAUUCUUAGAGAGAGACUAUGUUCGAGAGAUCCUUUUGAAAGAGACUCGAUCUGGAGCCCUUGUAAAGAUUGGGUUUUUCACGACCAGAGGAUUGUUUGAAGAAGAAGGGGCCAUGACGCGAAUGAUUCCUGUGCGAUCAGUGGAUUGGCGUGUCCUAUAG